AUUGCACUAUUGCUAUCUUCAUAUUUUCGUGAUAGUGCAUUUAUUAAAACCAUUAAAUUCUUAUUUUAUUUUAUUUUUUUAAAAAAAACAUUACUUACAAUUAAAUAACACACAUGAAAUAGACCUAACCACCACCCUCCCAUUUCCUCUCCACCUUCCUCUCACCUCUCUCUCUUUAUAUCUCUCCCUAUUCCUUUUUAUUAUCACCAUUAAUACCAACCAAAAAAAAAAAAUCACAAACUUUUUGAAAUCCCAAAAAAUUCACUAGGAUAUACAAACUAUCCCCAAAAAAAUUCUUUGUAUCCCAAUAACCAUUAGAAACUACCUCAAAAAGUUGGAAUUUUGAAGGAAAAAAAAAACACACACAACUUUUUUGUACCUUAAAAACCAUUAGAAACAACCCCAAAAACUUGGAAUUCUUGAAAAAAAAAAUUACAACUUUUUUUUUUGUAUAUCCCAAAUACCAUUACAAACAACCCCAAAAAGUUGGAAUUCUUGAAAAAAAAAAUUACAACUUUUUUUUUUUUUUGGUAUAUCCCAAAAUACCAAUACAAACAACCCCAAAAAGUUGGAUUUCUUGAAAACAAAAAAAUCACAACUUUUUUGUAUCCCAAAAAGUUGGAUUUCUUUUUUUAAAAAAAGAACCAUUUUUUUUAUGGGCAAGAAAAUGAAUCUUGGUUCAUGGCAAUGGCCUUCUUGUACUCAUUCCAAGACUCAAUCUUUUAGAGCAAACCACAUUUUCAAGACUAUAAAUUCCAUCUUUUUAGACCCUUCAAACACUGAUCAUCAUCAUCAUGGGGUUGUUGAAAUUGAAACCACACCAGAAUCUUGGUUCACAAAUUCUUCAGAAUCAGCAAGUUUUUCCACAGAGUCUGAAGAAACAGGGGAACCAUUAAUGGAGUUAAUCAUUAAAGGGGUUCGCUCCGAAAGACUGUUCUUUGAGCCAAAUUGUACUAGCUCAUCAAUCUUAGAACACCAGGAUCAGAGUCAGGAUCAGAAUCAGAAUCAGAAUCAGAGUCAGAGUCAGAGUCGGGAUCAGGAUCAGAGUCAAAGUCAGAGUCAGGAGAAACUAAAAGAAAUUGAAGAAGAUGUUGAUGAAGAAUUGCCAUUUAAGGAAAGUGUGGCAUUGGCAUUGGAAUCAGAGGAUCCAUAUUUGGAUUUUAAGAAAUCAAUGGAAGAAAUGGUGGACACACAUGAGAUUAAAGAUUGGGAAUCUUUACAAGAAUUAUUACAAUGGUAUUUGAAGAUGAAUGGAAAAAAUAAUCAUGGUUUUAUUAUUGGUGCUUUUGUUGAUUUACUUAUUGGAUUUACACCUUCUAAUUGUGAUUCAAUUACUUGUUAUUCUUCUGCUGCUUCUUCUUUUUCUUCAAUUGAGGAGAAGGGGGAAUAGUGAUAACUAGGAAAAAAAAUUUGUAAUAUUUAUGUAUAUUAUUAUGGUAAAAAGUAGUAGUGACAUUGGAUUAUGGUAGGAGGGUGAUAAUAACGAUGUUAUAUCGGAACUAGACAAUAUUCGACUACCUGUUAAUAUUUUGCUCUAUUCUUCGAUCUUCUUAUCUUUCUAUCUUGACUUAUAGCGAAUUACACUUGUGUCGUGUCUCUGUCCCCGAGACUUUUUGUGUCCUA